AUGACUUCUGCCAUACCUCCUGCUCUGGGCGAGAGAUCAUCAGAUGCUGCAUCAAAAAGCAAAAUGGCUACUACGGAGAUACCUCACAGCGCCCGCGCACGACAAGGCCGCCCAUACAAAUAUUAUAUCGUGUUCCUGGUUAUCCUCAUUUCUGCCCUCUACUAUAUCUACUGGGACAAACUACCCUGGCAUCAACCAUACACCUAUUACCCAGCUGACGCCGACUGGAGCGGGGCGGACCCUGGCCUAUUCAUACCUAAUGAGUAUAUUGACUUUGCAAAACCGUCGCCCAGAUACGGAGAACCACCCUCGCCGCUAUACCGUCACAGCAUGGAGCAAAGUGGCUACGUCUCCUGCUGGCAGAACCACGGUGUAUGGGUUAAACACCUCACGCCCGUGGAGAUGGCCCAUCUUGGAGUCGACCGCUUCCACGAUUCUAAAGUAUCAACAGACCAGGCCGAAGAGGAUGCGUUUUGCGCGAAAUUACGGCUUUACGGCGCAAGCUUCUGGGGCUUGAGUUUUUCAUGGCCUGCGUACAUCCUCUGGCCUAAGUUUGUUGACGCUGUUAAGCCAUCUAUAGGUAUCAACCUUACUGUAGGCUUCCCGGAGAGUGGCGGCGUAUGGUUUAUUGAUACCAGUGGUGGUUGGCGUGGGAGAUUAUUUGAUGCCCAGGGUCUAGUCAACGCCUUAACGAUGGAGGAAAGGUGCAAUGUACUCAAGGACCUCGGAGCGAAUUUUUGCGAAGAUAUUCAUACAUGUCCCGAGUUGGCGCCUCUACUAGUACCGAUGGAGACAUUAUGA